AUGGCCAGACGUGGAAAAAUCACCAAGAUUUACAGCGAUAAUGCAAUAAAUUUCGUGGGUGUGCAGAAAGAGCUAAAGGCGUACUUAGAAGACAGUGAGAGGUAUAUGGCCAACGAAAGAGUUCAAUGGCACUUCAAUCCACCAUCGGCGCCACACUUCGGUGGUCUUUGGGAAAAUGCUGUAAAAAGUACAAAGCAUCACCUAUAUCGAGUAAUCAAGGAUAGCCGGCUGAAUCUAGAGGAGUUGCUGACAUUGCUGUGCCAGAUUGAGGCAUGUGUCAACUUAUGGCCUAUGACACCACUAAGUAAUGAUCCAGGAGAACCCAACGCUCUUACACCGGCUCACUUCCUCAUCGGGGGUCCACUGCUCCUACCACUGAACCUGAAAUUCCAAGUGAGACAGUUAGCAAUCUCCGCCGCUGGAGACACAUUCAAGGAUUAA